GGCAACGCCCCGAGCGCAGCGUCGACGUGAGAACACCUGCGACGCAACGCGCAAGCGGACAGUGUGCUCACUGCUCAGCUGUGCUCAGCCGACCCAAUCGACCAUUCCUAUCCCGCCUUUGCACAGCUGCACGAUCCUGGUUAGGCUCUGUUGGCCUUGGAAACACAGCGUGUAUCUGGCCGCCAAUCUGGAGAUCAGAACUUAAACACACUGUUCCGAACGUGAAGUUUUGAGCAGAAAGAUGGAAACACAGCCGUUGUUGCCCUCGCGCGGCGUCAGCCGUAGCCGGCUAGCGGUGCUGAAGACUGCCGUCGUGACAGUCGUGCUCGUGGCAGCCAUAGGAGCCUUACUGGUUUAUUCAGGCUAUCUAUGGCGACCUGGUCACUCGGCACAUUCGCCUCUAAGGAGACAUUCAUUUGACGAUGAACGACCCGGCCGGCUGCCCGUCAUGGGCUACAACACUUGGAACGCCUAUUAUUGCGACAUUAACGAGGAUAAGAUACUGAAGACUGCGGAGCUCAUGAAGUCUUACGGGCUUCUCGACCUUGGCUACAACUACGUCGGCAUCGAUGACUGCUACUCGGAGAAGCAGCGCAACUCGGAUGGGGACAUCGUCGAAGACCCGGAGAAGUUCCCGUCUGGGAUGCGAACACUGACGGACAAGAUUCAUGACAUGGGUUUCAAAGCAGGAAUAUACAGCGACUCCGGAUGGUUUACUUGCCAAAUCUACCCGGGUUCCUUCCAGAAUGAAGACAGAGAUAUCAAACUGUUCCGCGACGACUGGAACUUCGAUCUAUUGAAGUAUGACAACUGCGCUAUACCAUUUGAUGAUGUUAUCAAGGAGGGCAUGGUCGGCAAGUUCCAACGGAUGGCGGAUGCUAUCGAGAACCUUGCCAAGAGCACCGGCAGGCCGCCAAUAUUGUUCUCCUUGUGCCAGUGGGGAGAGGAACAACCGUGGCUAUGGGCCAAGAAGAUCAGUCAGAGCUGGAGGACCACCGAAGACAUUGGUGCGAAUUGGGGGUCUGUUAUGGAUAUUUUGAACCGGAACUCGUUCAUCACUUGGGCCAAUGAUUUCUAUUCGCACAAUGAUAUGGACAUGCUUGAAGUGGGCAACGGCGAACUCUCGUACGAGGAGGCAAAGACACACUUCACGGCAUGGGCCCUCUUGAAGUCGCCUCUCUUGAUUGGCACAGACCUGCCCUCCGCAUCUGACGAAACGCUGUCGAUCCUCAAGAACGAGGAGAUCGUCGCCAUCAACCAGGAUCCCGUGGUCGGGACUAGCGUCAUUCCCUUCCGUUGGGGUAUCAACCCUGACUGGACGUACAAUGCUACGCACCCGGCUCAGUUCUGGAGUGGCCAGAGCGAAAACGGUACUGUGUUCAUGCUGCUCAACACACUUGAUGAGCCAGCGGAUCUUACCUUCAACCUCACGGAGUCGCCUUGGAUUAAGGCUGGUCGGCAGUACUCGGUUCGCGACCUCUGGACGCACACGGAAAACGGGAUAGCCGUACGUACGUACACUGCGCACGCGGUCCCCGCGCAUGGUGUAGUUGCACUGCUGCUACAGGACGCAGGCGAUGAGCCGGAGGGCUUGUGGCCGCCGUGCAUGCGCCUGAACUGGUGCAUGGCGGAGAACGGGACACGGUAUGACGGGCGCAGCCUGCGCGACCUGUGAGUUGGUGGUGAGUAGGUUGUGAGGGAGACAGCAUGGACAUGUCGAACGGAGUGGAUGUACAUCAUUUAAUAUGUAUGCUUCAAUCAGAGGCUUCGCCCUCAUACGACUUGU